AUGUCGCAACUAACUUCACGUAUUGCACUCACAGCACGGUCAGUCCUAAUUCGUUCACAACGUUCCUCAUCUGGUGGUUUCUACAAUGCGAAUAACUUCGAUCAGUUCGGCAAAGGUCUCACUAAUCAACUGAAAACCGCAGAAGGAACAAAAGAAACAUGGAAGAAGAUCUUUUUCUGGUGCUCGAUUCCGUGUCUCGCACUGACCAUGUACGCUGCAUACGCAGAUCACCAGAAACAUCAAUCCAAACCUCGUCCCGAAUAUAUAGAAUAUUCGUAUAUGAACGUCCGGAAUAAGCCGUUUCCGUGGGGUGACGGUAAUCAUUCAUUAUUCCAUAACAAGAAAGAACAAUACACACCUGGUGUUGGCUACGAAGAGGAACACGAGAAGCACUAA